AUGUAGUAAUUGGGUCAAGUUCUAAGAUUUGAGUCCAAAUCUAAACCCAAUUUCAUCAAAGGAAAGGGUCACUGACCACAGCAGUUGGAGAGAGCAGAGAAGAGAAGAGAUGGAGCUGAGUUUAGCCUCAACAAUAACAUCGUUUAUGCCCCUAAGCUUCAAGUUGAAAUUGAAGAAUGGCAUUUUCCACUCUCAAAUUCCCAUUCUCACAGCUUCGAAUAAAAGCAGAAUAACGAAACCCUUGUUCCUCGUUAACGCCUCAAGACAAACCUUGUCCUCUAACUGGCUCGCUUCCAACGAUGAUUUUUCUGCAUCAACCGCUUCUCCAUGGCUUCCCUCGUUCGAAGAGCUCGACACCACCAAUAUGCUUCUCCGUCAGAGGAUUAUCUUUUUGGGCUCUCAGGUGGAUGAUAUGACUGCAGAUUUUAUCAUUAGUCAGCUUUUGUUUUUGGAUGCUGAAGACUCAAAGAAGGAUAUCAAGUUAUUUAUAAAUUCACCUGGCGGUUCUGUUACUGCAGGAAUGGGAAUUUAUGAUGCCAUGAAGUUAUGCAAAGCAGAUGUGUCGACCAUUUGCCUUGGGCUUGCUGCAUCCAUGGGUGCAUUUAUCCUUGCUGCUGGUUCAAAAGGGAAGAGGUAUUGUAUGCCAAAUUCAAAAGUUAUGAUCCAUCAGCCACUUGGAACUGCCGGUGGAAAAGCUACAGAAAUGAGCAUUCGUAUAAGAGAAAUGUCAUAUCACAAGAUUAAGAUAAACAAGAUACUAUCAAAAGUUACAGGGAAACCUGUAGAGCAGGUUGAAUUGGACACUGAUCGUGAUAAUUUUAUGAAUCCUUGGGAAGCUAAAGAAUAUGGUUUAGUUGAUGAUGUUAUUGAUGAUGGAAAACCAGGAUUAGUGGCACCAACUGCAGAUGCAUCACCGCCACCAAAAACUCAGGUACCGCAACAAUGGAAAGUGGAAGGAAGCCGGAAAGCAAUAAAAAAUUUGCCCUCAGAGCAUAGGCUUUUACAGAAUGCGUAUAAUAAAGGUCUGAAAAGUGAUGAUGAUAAAGGCACUGAACAAGAAGGGGAAACACCUGUUUCUGUAUGAGUUAAGAAACAUGGAUUGUGUUACUUCUUCGCUCAAUAGAUCUGUUUACUUUAACUAUUCAUCACCUCCUCCAGAAGGAUAAAAGGGUUUUUUCACUGUUAUAGCGGGUCAUAUUCUAUGUAAGAUCCAGACUGUAUAUUAGUUAUCAAAAACUUACUUUAAUUGUUAGAUGCCUUGAUGAAUAUAAUGUAUUCUCCUCUUUUUCCUCCAUACAUUAAACCUCGUUCCCUGAGUGUCAGCUUAAUGAAAUAGAAGAGAAAGGGAAGCUAUGUGCAAUAGUUCGUGCUUGGACUGUUUGGGCUGACUGAAACACGUGCUACUACAUUUGAUUUAUGGCUUCUUUGCACUUUAUUGACAAUGAAAAAUUGUCCAUAAGCCCUUUGUUCCGCAGAUGAGGAUUCUUUCAUAUUACUCAAAGAUCAUAUCAGUGUAAACAAAAGAAGGAAAAAACAAAACACAAUUUGUAUUGUUGCGAG